AUGUGUGAUUUAGGCAGAUCAAGGCUGCUCCGCAGCUGCGCAAACGGAGGAUAAACGUGCAAGCAGUAAUUGUCAGUGUUUAAUAUGUGGGGUGCUGAGAGGGGUAAAAUAAGAAAAGUAUUACACACCAGAUACUAUCAUAUGAGCCCCAGACAGUAUUAAGUGGGAUUAAUUUUCUAUGUGUUUGUUAAUAUAUUUUAAUAUUAGUAUUACGUGAGAACCAAAUCAUAUUAGGUAAGGACUUCAUACAGUUAAGUGAACACAAGGUUAUGUUAGGUGAGCACAAGAUAUCAUCAGCACCAGAUACAUAACCAAAUUUGGACAAACUUAAAUUGUAACAGUUACUUGGCAUUUAACAUCGUGUGAUAACAUCCAGAUUAAUGGUUUUGUUAAACUCAAAAACAUACUUUAAAUAAUCCCUUAAACCCUAGACUUCUUAAAUGACUACUAAUAUUUCAGUAGCCAUUAUAUAUAUUUUUUGUAACUAACGUGGUUUUCAUUUGGGAUUUCUAAAUUUUCCACACUAUAAAGAGCACUUACAUGCCUUUCAUUUUCCCCUAAAUUGUCAGUGCAUCGUAUAAUCCAGUGCACCUUAUGUAUGAAUUCUACCAGUCAGGUAUUAAGGAGCAGUAAAGUCACUCCGCUGAAGUACAGCAUUUUACAGAAGUUUCAGUUUAGUUCUCCAGCAGCAUUAGCAUUAGCUGCUAAACGUGCUAAGCGCUAGGUCUUUUGCUGUUACCCCGGCUAGCUGUGCUGGAGAGCAUUAUCUAUUAACUGCGUUAAGUGUUUUAUUAUAUUGGACUGUAGUCUGUGUGUUUACUGUGUUAAAACAAGCUAUGUGGGACGAACAAAGUUUAUAAAUAGUGUGCUUUAUAGUGCAAAAAUAUGUUAUUGCACUAUAAAGUCUUGGGUCUUUAGAAUUUAAAGGACAUGAAUACCUUUUAUAUUUGGUAAGUUUUGUGUUCAUUAAAAUUAAAACCUAGGCAGUGAAACCAUUAACAGUAAAGUAAACACUGCUUUGGAUUUUAAAAUCUUGUUGUUUAAGGCAUGUUUGGUGGAAACUCUUAGACGGACAGACAACUUGACCGUGUUACACAGGUAGAUGUCUAAGGUGUAAGCUAUUUGCCCAAGAACUCAUACUGAUGUAGUGUGGUUUAAUUACUGGAUUUUUUUUAAUUAAUUAUGCAGAAUCACCGAUCUAUGACCAUUAUUCCAGUUGUUCUUCCAGAUGUCUGUCUGUUUUUUCCAUUUUAUUUCUGAAGGCUGAUUCUAUUCUAUUGGCUCUGAAAGCCUGAAAGUGUAUUCCUUAUGUCUCUUCAUUCUCUUCUCCACCACCAGCUUAAACUGGAUUGUACUAUGGAACACUGUGGGUGGGUGGGCAACAAAAGGUUGUGCAAGGUUUCAUUCUAGAAAUGUCUGUUACACUGUACACUGACUGUAUGUGAUAAAACAUAGUCAUUUGUGUCCCGCAUGGCUGAAAUAUCAAAGAACAGAUUCCAAAUUUGUGGCUUCUGUAGUUGGCCUGUGCUGCACAUUUGAGUGUUUCUGUUGUUUACACCAUUUAAACCUCCUAAAGCUGAUGAGCUGCAGCAGAUAGGUUAGAGCAGGAAGUAUGACAGGGAAAACCACCUUAUUUAAGUCUUGUCGCUUUCUGUUUAAAAUCAGUGUUUGUUAGCUAGAUGAUAAAAAAGACAUUUUUUGCUUCCAUGUUGUGAUCUUGAUAUCUAUCUAUGCUCCACAUGUUUGUGGACAUCUCUCCAAAUUAGUGUACAGAUGUGAAAAUAAAUAUAUUGCCAAUGAGUGUUCUAAUACAUAUAUACAACACAACAGCAUAUCUGCCUUUCCAAUUCAUCCACCUGAACAUACUGUAUAUAAUACAUCCAUUUGUCCACCUGUAAAGCCAUAUUUUGAACAAUACAUCAAACUUAGUCAGCAUAUAAAUAUGUAAAAAAUUAACAUAACCGUUUUUUUUUAAGUACAAAGAAGCACAAAGGGUGUGUGCUAGGCAUUUUCUUGAUUUAAAUAUAUUCACUUUAGGUUUGGACAAACUCAACUGAACCACCCACCCCUCCAGUGCAGGCUUUUAUAUAACAUACAGAACAGCACCUUAAAUGAACCCAAAAACGCCUUCUUGAACCACUGUACAGUACACUUAUUGAACAGCACUGUAAACAGAUUUUUCAGCAGCCUAUUUUACCAACACUGUGAAACCAGUGAAACCAGGAUUAAAAUAAUCUAACAAACUGCUCUACAUACUGUAUCUCAGAAAUUAGUUCUUAAAUCAAGUCAAUGAGUUUGUGCUUUUUUUUUGUUUGUUUGUUUGUUUGUUUGUUUUUUGCUAUGUACUCUCUAAACACACAGCCCUAAGGUCACAGCGGGCUGGGCUGAAAGCAGAUUCAGAGUAAACCGUGUAAAAUCCAUCAUGGCUUCCAGUAAUCCUUUAUGCCUCUCUGGUUUUACAUUCGUAAGGCGCCACCUCGUGGGAAAGGGCAGGAUAACACCUGGUGUGUUGGGUGGUAAUUAUCUCAAUAUUUAAAAUUUUAAAAGGACAGCAGGUAUCUAUAAUAGAUAGAAACAUCAUAUAUUAUAUAAAAUAGUAGCAUGAUUUCAUUUGAACAAAUUAAAUGAUUUUAUUGUAUUGCAUUCAGUGUUUUAUUCACUAAACAGAAAACGUUUAUCAUGGAUGAAAAUGCGAAUAAAAACUGUCUAUUCAUCUGUCUAUCCCCUGGGUUGGGAGGGCGAACACACUGUACAUAGCACUGUCUUGUUCCACCCAAUGAGACAGCACCCUGAUUUUCCCUCCACUUUACUUCCCUCCCUCCAAUAGUCAAUGGGAAAAUCCAUUUAAACAAAAGCCCCACCUGCUCCCCACUGAGGUCCAAUGAUCUGGAGCGGUGUAGGUCCGGACGACACACCCCCACUGCUCAAAACCAAUAGGAAUGUCAGUGUUGUAGUUGGAAAUUAACGCGCGCCUCACUGAUCAGCUGCAAAUGAGUCCGUAACGGAGCGUGUGCGUCUGGGGUUUUCUGCACUUUCUGUCUUUAGUAUGGGAAGUAGACAACAAUGGCUCACGAGACUGAAGAAUGAGCUGAGCAACAGUCCUCUGGUCUCCAACGUGGCCUUCGGCUUCAUCCUGAUGGGGCUGGAGAAGCUGGUGGAGCUGGAGUUCGAGUGUCCCUGCAACCCGACCUGGAACGGGCUCUUCUCCUCAGCCUUCUUCAUCAUCCCCGCCGUCAUGGCCUUCACCCUCAUGCUCAUCAUUCAGGGCUGCAGGUGCGACACGUGGAGCCGCAAGAGCGUGUCCCUGUCCAGCGUGGUGCCCGCGGUGGUCUGGCUCAUCCUGCUCUUCCUGGACGGACAGUACUUUGCCUGUGCGAUGACGGACUGGGAGGGCAGGUUCGUCAUCGUGGACAAAGCUGCUCCUCAGAAAUGGUGCGAACCGGUGGGAGAAGAGGACCAGGAGGAGAGCACGCCUCCCCGGGAACUGAUGCUCCGCUCCCAGCAGCUGUUCGUGGUGUCUCAGGUUAUCGGCAUAGUGCUGCUGAUUUUUAUCUGUGCAGGGCUGGUUGUGUAUGUGAUUAGAGAGAGCUGCCGGAGGGACUGCCAAUCCCAGGACGCAAACGUAGCAGAAAUGACGUUGUACACCCCCAGCUCCAGGGCGAGGACAUCGUGAGGGAAGUGGGAUUCUUCUGUGUUUGUGUGGAAACUCAGUCAUAUCCACAAGAAGCUGAACCAGACCCUUCAUUCCACUAUAUAUAAAUAUACAUAUACCCUCCUUAUUUUUGAAUGAAUAGCUAUUUUUUUAAUGGUCAAGCUGUUCGUUGGGAGCUCAGUGUUUUGAAUAGUUCUGCUACGGGGGACACUUUUUGGUAAAACAAUGAAACAGGAUUUACACUAUUAAAACUGAUUAUUGGAAAAGAUGCUUUAGAUGCUGUGCUAUAUAUCUAUGGACCCAUGGUCACUUUCCAGCGGAUAGUAGUAGUGCACUUUUUAAAAAUGUGUUGAACUUGUGCCAUCUGUACCAAUCAAAAACUUAUUAUGCCAAAAACCA